GCAAAGAAGUGAGCCCAAUAAUUGUCCCAUCAGAGCCCAAUCAGCAUUUCCCCAAUUAAACUUCAUCUAUCUUCACCAAAACCUCAGUUGAUAUCAUCGGAAACCCUGAAAAUGAGUUCACUAGCGAGUCGACUAUCAUCCACCGUGUUAAAACGGCCGUCCACCGAGUUGAACUCACUGAGUUCACAACUCAAUCAAUGGCGAGGCAUACGAGUGAGAGUGUUGCAGAACAAUCUGGAGAGAGCGCUGACAUUUAUGCAGAGACAAAUGACAUCGAGUGGAGUGGAACGGUUGAUUAAGCACGAGCAGACUCACCAUAUUAAGAACUCGGAGAAGCGAAUCUUGGCGAGGAAGAAUUUAGAGCGGAGAUUGAAAUCGCAGGAUCUGGCUCGGAAACUCAAAUCUAUUCUCAUGAAGAAAGUCAGGGGUAUGUGAGCUAGGUGCAACAAACAGCUUCUAACUGGGCGAGUAACGAAGCAAAAUAAAUCCUCCUUGCAUCCCUAGUAAUCACUAGUCUGUUUCAUUAUAUGCAUACACAUCUUGGCCCAUUUUUUUCGUUAUCCAACUACCAGCUUGACUAAUAUAUGAUUUUAGUGUUGUUCAGGAUGGAAAUUAUUGAUCAUCUGCACACUAUAUUUUUUAUUAAUUUUGUUUGAUCUGUACACCCAAGAUCUCUCUAGCUAUAUUGCAGUAGAUAAUUUUUGUCAA